AAUUUUGCUACGACAGUAUUAGUUUUUAUUUUAUUAGUUAGGACUUCAUUUUCAGAAUCAGAAAUGCUUUAUUGAUCCCCGAGGGGAAGCUCUUUGUUACAGCAGCUCGCUGUCACGUCAGUCACACAGGAAGAGAAGCACUGAGCAAAUAAAAUAUAAUACACUAUAAUACUACUACUACUGUGGUAGUGGAGGUUAAACCUGACGAACGCAGUUAACCUGCUUCUUACUUGCAGGAAACAGAUUUGCAACGUCUUCAGAUGUAGGAAAUCUCUUCUGUUCGAUCUGAAUAAACACAAAGUGAGGUGGAGGAGGAGGUCUGCGCGCGGUGGAGCAGAGUAAGAAGUCCUGUUUUGAGGUACUUCUACAUUUCACUCCAUUGUUAGAUUAAACCACAGCUACACUGAAGUGACUUACUGUUCCACAAAGUUGUCUGCAGAAGCCCUGAGAAGCAAGGGUCAUCCAUUUUCUAAACCUGAUCUUCAUUGUUUUCUCUCGUGUUUAUGACUUUAAAACAGGUGAAAAUGUUCUUUAGUCGGGAUCACCUUGGUGUUUGUUGUUGUAAUGACUCAUUUCGGCCACAAGAGGCUGCUGCGCACCACGACCCCAUGACUGAAAGCAUUCAUGUCUUCUUGCAGGUGAAGCGCCGAUUUAAAAUACAUUUCUAGCCAAAAGAAAGUGACAGUGAUGCGACGUAACUCGCUAACACACAAUAUAUGUGCCUUGUGUUUAGAGUGCAUGGAGAAAAUAAAACCUGUUUUCACAGAAAAACUUAUCCUGGCGAAACGAACGCAGCAGAGGAAACCGUUUAGAUCCGACGGGUCACCGGAACGUUUCCUCCUCUCAGUCGUCGGAUUUGCGAGCGACGGAUUAAAAGCAGAAAGGUGCGAAUCGGAGCAGCAGAGGUGGAGAUAUCCCGACUUCCGGAUCCUACAUUUCCCAUAAUGCAGCUGGAUAGUGUCUUUCAUUAGAGCCUUCCUGGUAAACAGACACGUCUUUCAAACUCCACGCCUCCGGUUUGUAACGCACACUGUAUGUUAGACAUUUGUAGCCCCCCUGAUGACAUCACUGUGACGUCAUCAGGGUUCAUUUGUCCUCCAGAGACACAGAAGAAGAAGAAAUGAUUCAGCAGUUAAUGCUGAUCGGAUGAUUGCCCCUCUUUACAGAAUACAGUUGAAAUGAAAAACUGAAGUCACCUGCGUGGGUCUUUACCUGAAGACAAGACAAACUGCUGUUUUUAAAAUAGACAAAUACUUGAUGAAGUUUGAAAGCUGCGGUCAUUAAAGGCAGUUUGUGUCAGAUCACUGCUCCACAGUUCAGUCCACACUGACUGCAGAAACAUGAAUUCAGUGUUUGUGAAACCACGAGGUGUCCUGCAUAGAAAGGGGGGAUUUAGUCCUGAGGGUGGCGCUGGAGGGAAAGGUCAGGAGUCCUGGUCUGGUCUGAUCUCCAGCCUCCUGGGGGGGGCGUGGCCAGUGUGGUGAAGUGGGCGGGGCCAGUGGGAAUAAAGCCAGCCUUCUGUCUGUGAGCUGCAGGAUAAAACCUCGUGUCAGGCUGCCGGAUGCUUAUCGGUCUCAGGUCUCAGGUCCAGGCUGCACCCUGAUCUUCGUUUUCACCGUUUCUGUCUUUACAUGAAUCAGCAUGUCGGCUCCACGGAGACUGCAGGAGGCUUUUACCAACAGCACUGAGGAAAACACCACCGCAGCCCAGGACUGGACCGAGGUGUACGAAGCAAUCGGGUGGAUCCAGCUCGUCAUGGCUGCGCUCAGUAUUCUGGGCUCAGGCUCCAUCAUCGUCUGUGUGAUGUUACAGAGACUCAGCCGGACGCCGGAGCUGCAGCCUCUGUUCCUGCUCAGCGUGUCCGACCUGCUGCUCGCUCUCUGCUGGCUGAUCGGAGCGGCUCUGUUCUCGCAACACUGCAGCAGCCUGAACACACACUGUUACCACCUGCACACUGUGGAGCAGAUUCUGUACAUGGCCUCCUUCUUCUACACACUCAACUACGUGUGGAACCUCUACACGGGAAUCAGAGAGAAGUUCUACAGCUGCAUGAACGGAUACCCAGUACAGUUUUCCAACAGAGUGAGCACGGCUGGCAAAAUCACCGCGCUGCUUUCAGGUCUGUUCCCUGUUUUGCUGAUGACACCUGUAUUUAUACAAGGAAACAUCAGCCAAUGUCAAGCCAACUUCAGCGAGCCCUACAGGUGUCUGCUGAUGCACACCGGAGCGCUGUAUCUUACCUCAGAGCACCAGCAGCCAAUCAGAGCCUGCAGCCUGCUGCACACCUACUGCAUCACCAUCUUCCUCGCCACCUUCUUCCUCACACUUCUCAGCAUCGUAGCGCUCGUGGUGAAGGCCCGUCGUAUUUACAGGCGGGUCGUGACGUCAAACGGUUUCCUAGGCAACCAGCAGCGGGCCUCCUUCAGUGUGAUGGACCGGCGGAUGCUCCUUUACCCGCUGAUCUUCGUCCUCUGUUGGGGUCCAGCGGUGGGUCUGGCGCUUCUUCAGGAGGUGAAGCCGUCAGCCGGGCAGGGCAAGGUCGGGGUCGCCCUCUACAUAUCACAGGCUUUCACCUCGGCCUCGCAGGGAUUCCUCAACUGUCUGGUCUACGGAUGGACUCGUGCACGUCUCCGCCGAGCCGGCAGGAGGGUUUUAUCGCGAGACGUGGACACUCAGACGCCUCUGCUGAGGUCACAGAAGAAGAGAAGCUACCAAACACUCCGCACCAUCGGCUGAAAGAAAGAGGAGAAGUGAGAAACUGAAAGUGAGACUGAGCAGGUGUUUUCUGUCUUCUGCAGCAAAGACUUGAGAGGAGAGUUUGAACUUUCACUGUCACUGAGAGGGAAAACACCGCGGCUGAGUCUCUGCAGAGGACGAAGACUUACACCUCUGAUCCUGAACCACUGAGGCGAGAAAAAGGGAAGAAGAAGAAGGAGGGGGAGUUUACUACGAGAGGAAGAGCGACGAAGAAAACAGAAUUUGAAAGAGACGCGGCUGCUUCACUUGCGGGUGGUUUGAAGUCAUUUUUACAGUUAACAUGCACCAGAGAAUAGAACCGCUUCAUGUUCAACCUUAAAUGGCCCCUAAACUUCUCAGAUUUACAUUAAGUGCAUUGAAUAUGUGACAAAACUGAAGUGGCAAAACUGUCAAGUUUGAUACUAAUAUUGAAGCCCGGUUGUGCCGUUAUCCUUCGAGCUAAGGGACGCUCGAGGUCUGACACUCAAGACAGAUUUAAGAGUUUAAACUGAGGAAGUUGGUGUAACUGAAGCCUCUUUAAGGAAUGUUUGUUAGUGACUGAGUUUGAGUUUUUCUUUAAUCAAUAAAGGCUUUUCUUUUUUAAACACAAAUUCAGCACGACUUCUGUUUCAUCAUGUUGGCUGAAGCUCUGCACAGCGAUUCCUGCUUGUAAAGGGAGAAUUCUUCAGUGUCGUGACGACGAAAUCACCGUGCAGUUUUUGGACGCAACGUUUGCAGCAGUUUGGUAUUUUAUUUUUUCUUUUGUGUGCGUGUGAUACGAGUUCUGUUUUGACUUGACGUGAAGAAGAAAAAGAGCCUUCAAAAGGUCCGACUCUACAGAUCUGGCUGAUGAAAGCGAUGAAGCAGCGACCUCAGAGUGUCUUUACGAUCCUCUCCCUCCUCGUUGUCGUCCGGUGUUGCUGCUGACCGACCGUGCAGAAACUCAGUGAGGCCGUCACACCACAUGACCUCCGCUUCAUUCAGCCGCCGCCUGACGCAGGAGCCUGAACUCAUUAUGUGAUGUGGUGUUCAGAGGGGGGACACCCCCCCCCGGUCCUCCUCCUCCACCCCGGCCCUGCUGUGGGCGUUUUGCCAGAAUCUGCAGAAGAACAAUGAAGUUCCUCUUCAAUCAGACCUCAACUUAUCUGAAAUACUGAAGUUCAUAACGUCGCUGCAGAUAAAUCAAGACUGAGAUCAGUUAAAUGAAACGUCAACUACUUCUGUUUUCUCUACAGAAAUUCAUCUUAAAUUUAACAGUUUUACUUUUGGAAGUACAUAAUAUCACCAUCAGACAUUAAACGUUUUCAUAACUGACAUAAAGAUGAUUGUAGUUUUAUUGCACCUUUAUUCGUUUUGGUUGAAUAUUAUGAGGCUGUUUUGUCCAAAAAUCUUAAUUUAACAUUCAUGAUGAGAAACUAAAACUAAAAAGAUGAUCGACUGUUUUGUUAUUUGAAUUUAUAAUGUAUUUGCCAUUGAAAGAAGACAUUCAUCAGCAAAAUCAUAGUCAUUCUUUUUUAUUCACACCUGCUGCCAAUAUUUUUAUAUUACCAGUUGAUGAAACGUGUUGCUUGUAGUUGUGAAAUAAAGAAAUUCUCACCA